GAGCUAAUGACUGUCACAUUCAUACAGCUGAGUGUCUUCCCAAACAAAGCUGAUGCUGGAGACAGGCAACACCACUGUGAUGCAGGGUUUCAACAAGUCUGAGCGGUGCCCCAGAGACACUCGGAUGACCCAUCUGGUAUUCCCAGCCCUCUAUACGGCCUUGUUCUUGGCAGGCAUCGCGCUGAACACCUUGGCCCUCUGGGUGUUCACUCAUAUUCCCAGCAAUUCGACUUUCAUCAUCUACCUCAAAAACACUCUGGUGGCAGACUUGAUAUUGACGCUAAUGCUUCCUUUCAAGAUCCUUUCUGACUCACACCUUGGACCCUGGCAGCUCAGGGGUUUUGUGUGUAAAUUCUCUUCUGUGGUCUUGUAUCAGACCAUGUAUGUAGGUAUCAUGAUGCUGGGCUUCAUCGCUUUUGACAGAUUCCUCAAAAUCAUCAGACCCUUUAGAAAAAUUUUUGCAAAAAGGACUGCUUUUGCAAAAACAGUCUCAACUGUCAUCUGGCUCCUGAUGUUCUUCAUCUCCCUGCCAAACAUGAUCUUGAACAAGAAAGCGACGCCAUCAUCCGUGAAGAAGUGUGCAUCUCUAAAGAGCCCCCUGGGGUUGCUGUGGCAUCAAGUAGUCAGUCACACAUGCCAGGUCAUUUUCUGGACUGUGUUUGUCCUGAUGGUAGUGUUUUAUGUAGUGAUUACCAAAAAGGUAUACGACUCCUAUAAAAAGUGUAAGAGUAAGGAUGGCAAGCACAAAAGGCUGGAGGUGAAGGUAUUUAUUGUCAUAGCCGUCUUCUUUGUGUGCUUUGCGCCAUAUCAUUUUGUCAAAGUUCCAUAUACCUACAGUCAGACCAGCAACAAGACUGACUGCAGAUUAGAAAACCAACUGUUCGUUGCUAAAGAAACAACUCUCUUUUUGGCAACGACUAAUAUUUGUAUGGAUCCCCUAAUCUACAUAAUCUUAUGUAAAAAGUUCACAGAAAGGGUACCAUGUAUGAGAGGGAGGACAAGGUCAACAGCAACAAGCGAAGAACACCACAGUAGCCAGACAGACAAUAUCACCCUAGGCUGACAACUUCCUCUCACAUGUAAAUUAUACACAAGUCUUGGCUUCUAUUUAAGGAUGGGACUUCAAAAAGAUCAUUUCCUUGGAGACUUCACUUAAGCAUUACAGGGAAAAAAAGGAGGGGGGGAAACAGUUUCCUAGGUUUUUAUUAUCCUAGAGUAUGGAAAAGAUUAUGCAUAUUUUAACCACAUAGAUUUAUUUAUAAGCAGAAUGAAUUAACAUUAAGAGAAUGCAUAGGAAAGCAAACGGCCACUAGAUGUCAUCUUUUCAAGAGCAUUCAUGUAAUAUGGAAACGAUUAAUGGGAGACAGAUAUGCCUAAUAAAACCUCCCUUCUAGCUACCGUUCCACAUUCUCUUACACACGAUUCCUAAAAUGGUAAGGUGAGUUUUAUAGCCUUCACAAUGCUGAGAGUUGUGAACAUAAACCAACAAACGUGUACACCCAAUGCCUGUGGAAGAAAAGCGAGGGCAGGGAAUGAAAGAGAAGUAGUCUGAGGAACCAAAGUGGGUCAAAAGUGACCCCAGGAACCCCGAAAGAUUUUUCUGCUUAUAAGUGCAAAGGGUCUCUCCCACAACUCAACAGAGCACUAGAAGAGACCCAUGCAGCAGGGAAAGCCAGUUCACAGCCAUGGGCAGCCUGAGAGGGGGAAGUCAGUGUCAGCCAGCAAAAUCUUCCUGGGCAAGAGUGCCUCACUGUUUGUCUGUACAGUAGGAUCUUUGUUAAACAUUUUCUUAUACGAGUUUGCCAAAAUUCUGGACCAUAUUUCCCAAGGACAGGGUUCUUAAAAAGAUAGAUAUAUCACAGACUUUUGGUAUCUUACAAAGUGCCCACUCCCCAGCACCAUUAAAAAGGAAUGCAGAUAUCCUAGACAGUAUGUACUAUACUUGGUGCAUUUAAACAAUAGAAUGGUUGGCCUGUGAUUAAUAACAUCAACGUGGGAAAAUUUUCAAAGCCUGAUUCACUUUAUUUAGGCCCAUCCACUUCCCUGGAUCUCUCUGUGGCAAAAAAAAAAAAAAAAAAAAAAAAA